GUCUUGGGAUAUCUUUGGCUUCGACAAACUCAAUUGUACGACAAGAGGACCCCUAUUAGAAGCCUUGGAGCUUCUCAGUAUCCAGCUCCAUGCUCAGGACACUUGUCUGGCUAUCCCAGCAGCUCCUCCCUCCGGCGUUUCUGUCCUAUUUCUACUUCUCUUGGAAUAUAUGCACUUUCGAGGUUGGGCCUCGGUUUCUUGCUGAGGACAAACCUGUUCUUGGAGCUGCCUACACGAUCCUGCCAAGCAUUCUUAUCGCCCCCAUAACGACAUUCUAUCUCCGCCUCUACUUUCUCAAUCCAUCCAGACCGCCCUUCAAUCCUCCUGCCGUCAUAAUUGACAAGGAGACUCCCUUUGCAUGCCUCUCAACUGACGAAGCUUCGGAAAUCAGAAGCAAAGAAGGCUUGGAAGAUGAAGAAGUGGAGAGAUUAAGAGAAGAACCGAUGGUAGAAAGGUGUUACAAGGGAAAAUGCCGGGGAGUGUGGAAGCCUGCUAGAGCUCGGCAUUGCUCGCAGUGUGGGGUAUGCAGAAUGGGUUUCGACCAUCACUGUCCCUUCUUCGCCAACUGCCUGACCGCCCCCUACGUCCCCGCUUUCCUAGCCCUCCUGCUCUACACACCUCCAACGACUAUACUCCUCUCCUUGCCACUCUAUCCUCCCCUACUGCGGCGCGCCUCGGCAGCAUAUCAUCUCGCGUGCGUCUCCGACUCGAUCAAAGGGUGGUGGGACUGGCCUUGGAGCUGGAUAGUCGCCGGCGGGCCUGUCGGGCGGUGGGUAGGCGGCGUAGUGUUGGGAUGGAUGCAACUGGAUCGGAUGAGCGUUGGUGGGCCUGGGAUCGAACGGCUGGGAGUAGGGGUGAUGGUUGUUGUUGGUAUUGUGUUGGCACUGAUCACAUCGGGACUAGCAUACUCGACGCUACAGACCAUCAAGAAAGGCGACCUCACUAUCGACACUGAACGCCGAAAAUCAUAUCACAUCGCCUACCGAGCAGCGUCCGAGCACGCUACCCUCUUCCCCUCGGAGCCCUUGCCUCAGCACAUCGCCGACGGCCUCAAACGGUUCGGCGGGCCAGCCUUCUACAUCCCGAACUCCGAAAGCGAGGGAGACGGACAUAUCGUCCAACCGAAACAUGGGAUGGAGCUGUAUGAUUUUGGAGAAACGAGGAACUGGGAGUUGGUGCUAGGUUCCAAGGGUUGGGGGUGGCUGUUACCAUGGAAGGCUUUGGGGAAGAGUAUGCCGGUUGGGCAGGUGAUGCAGUGGCCUAUCGAGGAGGAGGUUCGCCGGAAACUGGGGGAGAUGUGAGUCUGUCCAGAGAUCAAUCUGUGUUAUCUACCACAUGCAACUAGUAUUCAU